AUGUCUCUCGCCUCGUCCCAGCUCAACCCGCCCGCGGCCUCCGGGAUCGACGUCGACGACAGCGACACCUUGUCUCUCGCCUCGUCCCAGCUCAACGCGCCCGCGGCCUCCAGGAUCGACGUCGACGACUACAAGCCCUUUUCGCUCGCCUCAUCACAUCUCAAUGUGCCCACGGCCUCUGGGAUCGACGUUGACGACAGCGAAGCCAUGUCUCUCGCCUCAUCACAGCUCAACACGCCCGCGGCCUCUGGGGACGACAUUGACAACACGACGCCGUGUCUUGCCUCGUCGCAACUCAAUGCGCCCGCGGCCUCCGGGAACGACGUCGACGACAGCGACGCCGUGUCUCUCGCCUCGUCGCAGCUCAACGCGCCUGCGGCCUCCGGGAACGACGUCGACGACAGCGACGCCGUGUCUCUCGCCUCGUCGCAGCUCAACGUGCCCGCGGCCUCCCGGAUCGACGUGGACGACUACAACGCCUUUUCGUUCGCCUCGUCGCAGCUCAAUGUGCCCGCGGCCUCCAGGAUCGACAUCGACGACUACAACACCUUUUCGUUCGCCUCAUCACAGCUCAACACGCCCGCGGCCUCCGGGAACGACGUCGACGACAGCGACGCCGUGUCUCGCCUCGUCGCAACAGGUGGUUACGUUUUAUAG